AUGUCUGGUAUGGCUCAAAGUGAUCACAGAGAAAUUAGGAAACUACGCAUAGCAUUUGUACAUCCAGAUUUGGGCAUUGGAGGCGCAGAAAGACUGGUUGUUGAUGCUGCUCUGGGAUUACAAGAAAAGGGUCAUGAUGUUGUGAUCUACACCAGUCAUUGCGACAAGAGUCACUGUUUCGAAGAGGUGAAAAGUGGUUUGUUGAAUGUUGAGGUUAUGGGCGAUUUUCUCCCCACAAAUCUCGGUGGUAAACUGUUUAUUUUGUUUGCCAAUUUGCGUCAGAUCUACCUGACUGGGAAACUAGCAGCGACUGCAAAAGUUUGGAGCCAUGACCUGUACAUCGUAGAUCAGCUAUCUACGUGUGUGCCGGUCUUGUCACUGUUGAGCCAGUCCAGUAGAGUUCUAUUCUAUUGCCAUUUUCCCGACCAACUGCUGGCGCGACGCACCAGUCUGCUGAAAAAAGUCUAUAGAGUUCCGUUUGACCUGCUGGAACAGCUCACCAUGAAUGCGGCGGAUUGCAUCGUUGUGAACUCGGAGUUUACAAAAUCGGUUUUCGCCAAAACUUUCAAGCUGGCAUCGAGAAAACCAAACGUCGUUCACCCAUGCGUGGGGCUGGAGAACGGCGAAGCUCUCGCAACGGACCUCACGCGCUAUAAAUCCAUUCUUUCAGAUAAGACAAGGUUUUAUCUUAGUGUCAAUCGUUACGAGCGCAAAAAGAACAUCGAGCUAGCUAUCGAAUCUUUCGCGUUGGCAUCAGAAAGUAAAAAUACGGAAACCAAGCUAGUCAUUGCAGGUGGCUACGACGAAAGAGUGGUGGAAAACAAGGAAUAUCUUCUUGAGCUUCGAGCUCUGACGAAAAAAUUGCAACUUGAAUCCGUCACCAUCCACUACCCGCAAUGGGAAGAGCGCUCAGAUUCAUCCAUGAAAGCCACAUCUAGGGCCAAAAUCAUAUUUCUGACCUCCAUAUCUACUUCAUUGAAGGAUUUACUCUUACAAAAAGCCGAAAUGUUGCUGUACACGCCCUCCUACGAGCAUUUCGGAAUUGUGCCUUUAGAAGCUAUGAAAUUGGGCAAGCCUGUGCUCGCGGUCAAUAACGGUGGCCCCUUAGAGACUGUGGUGACGUUAUCUCCCAAAUCAAAUGAGGCCCAAUCCACUGGCUGGCUAAGACAAUGCGAUCCCAGCGAAUGGGCUGCUGCUAUAGAAGAAUCCGUUCCCUAUUUGAAAGAGAGACCCACGAUUUUUGAAAAGAACGGACCUCAGAGAGUCCGGAAAUUGUUUUCUCGAGAGGCCAUGACCGCGGAGUUUGAGAAGAAUAUAUCAGAACUGUCUUGGGAUGACAAAAAUCGAUCAUAUGAAAAUCUGAUAUUUCUGUUUCUGCUGUGUCUUUCUUUGAUCGCUCCUCUAGCCUAUUUUUUGGGCGUGAGUAGCAAGCCAUUUCUAAUUGCUGUAGCCUGCCUUCUUUUCAUCUCAAAAGAGCCCAAGUCAAUUGCUUGUGUCGCAGCUGCCGUUCUGGUAACCAUCAUCGCCUUUCGAGAGUAG